AUGGAUGAAGGAGCUGUAAUCCUGAUUGCCAUAAUCAACAAGAUACUGCAGUUUUUGUUUGACCCAUUCCGCCUUCCAGUGAGUGUUGCUGGCCUCAAACGUUUGGCUGGAUUUGAAGUGUUGACAAGUGGUGUCAAGAAGUAUGUUGCAUGUAGUGAAUGCCAUGCCAUAUAUGAUAAUGAAGCCGCCCCUUUGUGUUGUACAUCACCCAAUUUUGGCACUGCCAAAAGAAUGCUGGAGAGAUGGGUUGCGGAUGGAUUAAUUGAUGAUAAAAAACUUGUUGCCAUGCAAAAGGCUGUUGAGAAGGUAGUGUUGCCGCCCGAUUACAUGUCACUUGGGACAAGGAUUGCCAAGGGAUUUCCCUAUAUGAAGGCUGAUGAGUGGAAGUCUUGGUGCCUUGUGUACUCUCCUGUGGUUCUAAGGGAUGUGUUGCCGUUGUCAGAGUUCAAGAACUGGAUAGAGUUUGUUAACGCAUGCAGAUACUUCACCAAGCCUAAUGUUUCUGAAGAAGACAUUGAGAAAGGACACAAAUGCUUAGAAGAAUUCUGUAAAGGGUGUGAGACAUUGUACGACCUGGACCUUCUCUCUCCCAACAUGCACCUGCAUCUGCACUUACGCCAAACAAUGAUUGACUUUGGGCCCGUCUAUGGCUAUUGGCUUUUCAGCUUUGAAAGGUACAAUAGUGUCCUGAAAAAUAUCAAGACCAAUCGAAGAAACGGGUUCAAAUUGACAUUUAUGAGACAGUUUAUUGAAGAGUCGUGGAAGGGAGAUUUUGUGCAUCGACUUCUGAAACCUAUGCAUGCACUUGCAUGUUUUGAAAUUUUCGAUAAGUUCAUCACCACCAACAACAACACCAACACCAACACCUACCUCUCUCACUCUUUCUCAAUUUCCAAAUAUCUUGAAGCUUCACAGAAUAUUUCAAUGAUAAUUCGUGGAAACGAGCCCCUGCCACCAUCCACCUUGCCAUUGAAAACAAGACCAUUAUCAUUUAUGCCAAAACAUGAAUAUGAUUGUCUUGUAGGAUACUAUCAAGCUGCGUACAAGAAUCCACAGAUCUCAGGUUGCAAAGAUGUAAUUGAUGACUCACCUUUCGUCAAUGACUGGAUCGAAAUGGUGAAGUCCGUUGAUCUUCUUGGGCAAAGCUACAAAGGGUGCAUUGGCACGAAUGGCCGCGGAUCAUACAUACAAGCAUAUUUCACUGAACAAACUGGGUCGGAACAUGCGUAUGUUGGAGAGAUUCAGUACCUUUUUGUUCACAAUUUUAGGCCAACUGUUUCUUCUCUAACAUACAGAAAUCCCCAUAGUAGUCAGCAUGUAUUUGCAUUUGUCAAAUGGUUCAAAUCCACUUCGGACAAAACAAGAGAAUUAGAAGGAGUUGAGUUGUUACAGGAUGAAUUCUACAAGCAAGAUUUUCAAAGCAUCCUGCCAGUACAUCGGAUUCUCCUAACAGUUGCAAUAGUAGAUUACAAAACUACAAAAAAUGUCAACAAAAAACUUGCGAUUCCUUUACCAAAAAAAAUUUACUAUUAA